CGGGAUCUUACGGACUUUGUUCUGUAUAAGCAAAACAAAGAUGGCGCCUGAGGCAUGCGUAAAAAAUUAGAAUUUUGUUUUGCAUAGGUUAAAGAAACAAAAUGUCUAAAGACACCAGCACAACAGCAACGUCUAUGGACACAACAGAUAUGACUGAUGACAGCUCAGAAAUGUUAGCCAGCAGUCAUUUUGCUACUAAGCCUGAUGGUAGCCUUAUUGAUCCCAUAAAUUCAGAGGGAGAUUGUUUAGUUGGUGAAUUAUCAAUGCCUGAUGGAACAUCUCAUCUGGACCCUCCAGAUUCUGUAACUCAGCCUGAAGCAUCUCAGGAUCCUGUUGAUCCAGCAGUGACUGGAGAUGACACUACUGUUCCGAGGUUUACUUUAGGUGGAGAAAGCGCAGGAAUUGAAGCGGAGGUUAUAGAUGAACAAAUGGUUGGUCCUAAAGCUGAGGAAUCAUUGACACCAGUGAAAGAUCAUUUUGAUGUACCUAAAAGUUUGCCAGAAUCAGGUAUGGUAACACCUGCCAGUCAAAGUGACCAAUCAUUAACAUGCUCCAGCUCAGAGAAGGGUACACCUAACACAAGAUUUAAGCUUGGUGAUCUCCGGCAUUUAGACUACGACAGUAUGUCAUCAUCAUCGGGCUCUGUUAAAAACCUUCAGCUGCCACAACGGUUAGGCAUCAGCUGGAGGAAAGGUGAAAGGUUAGAGGCCAUGGAUUACCUCAAUUCUUGGUUUCCUGCAAAGAUUCGUUCAAUUAAUGAAGAUGAUAUGAAGGUGUUAAUACAUUUUGAUGGCUGGAAUCAGAGAUAUGAUGAAUGGAUUGACAUGUCCUCAGAUCGUAUCAGACCCCUGGUGAGACACUCGGAACGCAAAGAGAGAAGUAAACGAGCUAGAUCAACAUCUGGUUCAGGCCGCGGCUCUGCCAAAAAUGUUAGCAAAAAACCUCUCAAGGAGCACAAGAUAGGGGAUGCAGUAUAUGCCAAGUGGACAGAUUGUAAGAUGUACCCUGCCAAGAUAACUAAUAUAAUGCCAAAUGGAGCAUAUGAGGUUAUAUUUUAUGAUGGUUUCAAAAAACUUGUACAGCCUAUCAAUGUGAGAUCUAUGCCAAAAGAAUAUAGACAAAAGUCGUUUGAGAUCGAUCCUGUUCCAGAGGCUGUAUGUAAAAAGGCUAAACUGAAGCUGGACUGUACAGACCAUUCAUUAAGCCAACCAGAUAUUCAAGAUGUCAGGUCAGGUGAGAAGGUAAAGUUAGAAGCAGGUGGGGGGAGAGAAUCCUCUACAGACAGUGAGAAGAAACAGCCUAGAACAAAGAAGAGACGGCUGAUUGUACCAGGACUGUUCAGUGAUGCAGCAGUGACAGGCCUGGGAGAAUCUGUCACACCUGAUGUACAGAUCAAGUCAGAACCUGUAUCUACACAGACUGACUAUGGUGAAGGUAGUAAGAUUGACAAUAUAGGAGUGCCAGGAACAAGUGCUGGUCAAUUGAUGGCCCAACCCCAGGUGCCAACUCCAGUUGCACCUAUUGGAGUGCUCCCACCGAAAGCAUUUGUGGUGGAAUCGGAUCACAAUCAGUACAAGUGUCAGUACCAAGGCUGUAAUAAAAGCUUCAGGAAGGAACAUCUACUAGAUUAUCAUAUAAAAUACUAUCAUAUAAACGGUGAUGCCCCUCAACCAACACCUGCCAAAAGGAGAAGAAAAACAACUAGCACAUUCUGUUCUUUGACUGGUUCAGGUUCGACAGAGUCUGAGAGUAUUGUUGGAGGUAAGAAAUUGGCUGCAAAGAAGAACCGUAACUUUUCAGCCGAGGGUGCCAUGUUCAUGCCAGAUUUGAAGCAAGAAUUUCCUGAGGAUUAUCCUACCUUGGGUUCCCAUUCCUUGCCUGGCCCCUUCUUGAGGUCUUCCCACCAAAUUAUUCAAUAUAUGUGGUUGUAUAUUUAUAUUAUAGAAACAGGUGAGAUAUCUACUCAAACAUCACAUAGUAAACACACAGAGUCCUACGCCAGCGAUGAUUUUGUACAGGUAUAUGGCAUGAAACAAGACAGCCUGGAGGAGUCUAGCGUGACCGAUGCAGAAGAAUUCCUGAAACCAGAUGAGCUUGUAAAUUGUAUAUGUGACUUCCAGGAGGAGAAUGGUCUCAUGAUACAGUGUGAAGUGUGUAUGUGCUGGCAGCAUGCUGCAUGUUUUGGUAUAACAGAGAGGACUCUACCAAAAACAUACAUCUGUUUUGUCUGUGAAAACCCACCUGGUGUUCGAGAAAGUAGCAAGUAUAUACAUGAGCAAGACUGGUUUAAGACAGGGGAGAUUCCAUCAUUUAGUUUUCUACCAUUACCACCAAUGUCCGAGGAGAGAUGCAGCACGGUGAAGUCUACACAUACACUAGUGGUGGAGUUACAGCAGCUUAAUGCUGUAUUACACAGCCUUAAACUCCAGCUCAAAGUCCUCAGAACAAAAGAUGAAUCAAAGUUGAAGAUGUGGAGAGCUGACUGGGAUGUAUUGGAGUCUGAGACUUUUGAAAGUUUUGCUUUUACAACAGAUGAUAAGAAUGGUUUCAUUAAAGAUUGUAUAAAGGCAGGGGAAACAGCUGUUCCACUGGCUGGUUCCAGUAAAGAUUAUUCCAAGGAGCCACAGCCUGGUUCCAGUAAAGAUUAUUCCAAGGAACCACAGCCUGGUUCCAUUAAAGAUAAUUCCAAGGAACCACAGCCUGGUUCCAGUAAAGAUUAUUCCAAGGAGCCACAGCCUGGUUCCAGUAAAGAUUAUUCCAAGGAACCACAGCCUGGUUCCAGUAAAGAUUAUUCCAAGGAGCCACAGCCUGGUUCCAGUAAAGAUUUUAUAAAUAUGCCACAGGCUGGUUCCAGUAAAGAUUGUAUAAAGGAGCAACAGCCUGGUUCCAGUCAAGAUGGUAUAGAGGUUCCACAGGCUUGUUCCAGUAAAGAUGGUAUAAAUGCAGGGGAUACAGCUGUGCCAAUUGCUGGUUGCAGUAAAGAUUAUUCCAAGGAGCCACAGCCUGGUACCAGUAGAGAUGGUAUUAAUGCAGGGGAGACAGCCGUGCCACAGGCUGGUUCCAGUAAAGAUUUUAUAAAUUCAGGGGAGACAGCUGUGCCACAGGCUGGUUCCAGUAAAGAUGGUAUAAAGGCAGAGGUAGGGGAAACAAGUGUGUCACAGGUUGAUUCAAGUAAUGGCGAUGUGAAGGCAGAAGAGACAGCUGUGUCACAGGCUGGUUCAAGUAAAGAGUGUUUUGAAACAGGGGAGACAACUGUGCCACAGAUUGUUUCCAGUAAAAACAGUAUGGCUGUAGGGGAGAUAACUAUGCCACAAAAACAAAUUAUUAAAAUUGAAAAUGAAGAAGAAGAAAAAACAGAAAUUAAAGCAGAAACUUCUUGUGAUACAAAUGAAGUUAUUGAGACUGUGAAAACUGAAGAGGGUGUUAGUGAAGUUAAAGCUGAAGAUAAGGAAGAUGAAUCUCAAAGUUCUACAACAACUGGAGAGGUAUUGAACAAUCCUGCAAAUCCGGGUACUGAGGAGAAAGAAGUUCUGACUACUGAUAAUGGGCAUAAAGAAAUAAAGGAUGAAGCACAGUCUAUGAUGAUAGAAAACAAUACAGGUUUGGAGCAGGAAGUAAUAAUAAAGGUAGAGGAGACAGGUGAGGAGAAUCAUUCCGACAGUACAGAGAGUGUAAUAGAAGAUCCUAUAGAAGUGUGUGAGAGGAACCUGCUGAGUCAUAUACUUAGAGUACAAGCAGAGAUCAGUGAUAGGUUUGACAAAAUACAGGAACAGAUUGAAAUGUUGGAAGCUAUGGAGGCAAUGCAGAGUAGGAGAGAGCUACCUACCCCACAGAACAUGCUCAAUGAUAUGCCUCAACUUAAACGAUCAUUGAGAAACACGGAGAAUGAUCUUUGUAAAGUUAAGAAGAUGUCUGUGUUUCAUUAAUUAUAUCCUGAAUUUAAUAAGCCCGUUAAUUACUGUAUUGUCUCCAUUUAAUGCCCCCUUGAGCAUGCAUUUUUAGCUCACCUGUCACAAAGUGACAGGGUGAGCUUUUGUGAUCGCUUUUCGUCCGGCGUCCGGCCGUCCGUAAACUUUUACUUUAAAUGACAUCUCCUCAUAAACCACUAAGCCAAUUUCAUUCAAACUUCACAGGAAUGUUCCUUUGGUGGUCACCUUUAAAAAUUGUUCAAAGAAUUUAAUUCCAUGCAGAACUCUGGUUGCCAUGGCAACCGAAAGAAAAAACUUUAAAUGUUUUUUUUUUAAAAAACCCAAAGAGCUAGAGCUUAGAUAUUUGGCAUGAAACAUCUUCUAGUGAGUGUCUACAAAGUUUAUUCAAAUAAAAGCCCUGGGGUCAAAAUUGGCCCCGCCCCAGGGGGUCAUUGAUUUUCCCUAUAUGCAUAUAGUAAAAACUUAAAAAAUCUUCUUUGAAAAAACCCAAAUAGCUAGAGUUUAAAUAUUAAGCAUGAAACAUUUUCUAAUGAAUGUCUACAAAGUUUGUUCAAAUAAAAGCCCUGGGGUCAAAAUUGGCCCCGCCCCAGGGGGUCAUUGAUUUUCCCUAUAUGCAUAUAGUAAAAACUUAAAAAAUCUUCUUUGAAAAAACCCAAAUAGCUAGAGUUUAGAUAUUUGGCAUGAAACAUCUUCUAGUGAGUGUCUACAAAGUUUGUUCAAAUAAAAGCCCUGGGAUCAAAACUGGCCCCGCCCCAGGGGGUCAUUGAUUUUUUUUUCUUAUAUGCAUAUAGUAAAAACUUAAAAAAUCUUCUUUUAAAGAACUCAAAGAGCUAGAGCUAAGAUAUUUAGCAUGAAACAUGUUCUAAUGAGUGUAUACCAAGUUUGUUCAAAUAAAAGCCCUGGGGUCAAAAUUGGCCCUGCCCCGGGGGUCAUUGAUUUUCCUUAUAUGUGUAUAGCAAAAACUUAAAAAAUCUUCUUUGAAAAAAACCCAAAUAAAUGGAGUUUAGAUAUUAAGCAUGAAACAUCUUCUAGUAAGUAUCUACAAAGUUUGUUCAAAUAAAAGUCCUGGGGUCAAAAUUGGCCCCGCCCGGGGGUCAUUGAUUUUCAUUAUAUGUGUAUAGCAAAAACUUAAAAAUCUUCUUUGAAAAAAACCAAAUAGCUAGAGUUUAGAUAUUAAGCAUGAAACAUCUUCUAGUAAGUGUCUACAAAGUUUGUUCAAAUAUAUAUAGGUGAGCGACCUCAGGGCCAUCAUGGCCCUCUUGUUUCAAAAGGGGGCGCUAAUUAGAACUAUAAAAAUGUGCUGUAAAAUAUGUUUACUAUAGAUACAAGUCAAUUAUAGAAAUCAUUAUUCAUUAUUAUGAUCUGAAAAACAAAUUUACAAUGCAGGAUUUUUUUAAUGAUUUUACAAUACUGGAGUGUCAUAAAUUGUUGAUUUUUUUCUUUAAAUAAAAGUAUUUGGAUUUUUUGGAUUGCUCAUUCAUUAUUGAUUAUAAAUCUAUCAGGUAAGAUUGUUUUUAGUACAAAAUAUGGUGAGGGUGCACUAAUUAGAGGGAGAGGGGUGUUAAUUGGAAACAAUGUGGUAUAUGUUAAUGUUAUACUGGUUAAAGAUGUGAUUAUGAAAUGAAACUAUUCCAGAAAUAUAUUUUUUUUCCUUUUAUCCACUUACUUUGCAGAAGAAGAACAUUGAUGUACAUGCAUUGUGUGACAGAGGGCAUUGUUUUGUUUUGUGUAUAUAUUAAAAGUUUUGUUUAGGGACCAAAUGAAGAUAAACAAAAGCAUUUUAAAAGUGUUAAUUUGUAUUUGAAUCUCUUUGUUAAUCUAUUUUUAUUGUGCCCCCACGUUAGUGGCGGGCAUUUAGAUUUACCCUUGUCCGUCCGUCUGUCCGUCCUUCCGUCCUUCCGUUCACUUUUGUGUCAGAGUAAUUGCCCUUGACUUAGUAAAAUUUUGCAAUUUUCAACUUGUGUCGCAUGUAACUCAAAAAGUAUUUGACCUAGUCAUGAAACUUUACAGGAAUGUUGAUCAGCAUGUGUAGUUGUGCACCUGGGUAUUUUCGUCUGGAUAUUUUUAGUAUUUUCAGAGUUAUUGCCCUUGACUUAGUAAAAUUUUGCAAUUUUCAACUUGUGUCGCAUGUAACUCAAAAAGUAUUUGACCUAGACUCAUGAAACUUUACAGGAAUGUUGAUCAGCAUGUGUAGUUGUGCACCUGGGUAUUUUCGUGUGGAUAUUUUUAGUAUUUUCAGAGUUAUUGCCCUUGACUUAGUAAAAUUUUGCCAUUUUCAACAUGUGUUGCACGUAACUCAAAAAAUAUUUGACCUAGAGUCAUGUAACUUUACAGGAAUAUUGAUCAGCAUGUGCAGUUGUGCACCAGGUAUUUUCGUCUGGAUUUAUUUAGAAUUUUUAGAGUUAUUGCCCUUCAAUUAGAAACUUUUUGCAAUUUUCAACUUGUGUCGCAAGUUACUCAAAAAGGAUUUGACAUAGUCAUUAAACCUUAUGGGCAGGUUGCUCAGCAUAUUUAGAUUUGCACCUGGGGUUUCGCUUGUGGAUUUAUCCAGUAUUUGUAGAGUUAUUUCCCUUGACUUAGUAAAACGAUUGACAGAACAGUGGCGCGGUGGGGGCACCCGUGUCCUAUGGACACAUUUCUAGUUUACUUUUUUUUGCAUUGAUUUUUUUUCUGCAUUGCUUUGUUUUUGUUGGGGUUUUUUUUAAUGUGAAAAUAUACUUUAUAGCAUUGUUUUGUGUUUUGGGGGAUGUUAAUGAAAACUUUAUAGCAUCUUUUUGUGUUUUUGAUGUUAAAGCAUACUUUAUAAAGCUUUUUUCAGCUUCAGUGCACAUUUUGUUAAUUGACAAAGCAUCAAGUCAAAUUGAGAGUUUGUCAGCAUAAACUGUGUCAAAGAUUGUGUUCUGUACAAGAUACAAUAAUUAUUAUAAUGUAUGAUGAAAUAGUUCCCUAUUGAUAGGUAUUGAUUUUAAGAAGUUACUGUACCUUGAUAACAACAUGAAAAAUAUUGUUUGUUGAUAUAAUAAUAUACAUGUACAAUAUAAUUAAGUGGUUGUAGAAAAAAAAUGUAUUGGCCUUAAAAAGAGAAAAAAAAUAGAUACAUAGUAUAUUAUGUACAAAUAAGUAUAAUAAAUUUUGUUAUAACAG